AUGGAGGGUAAUCCAACUUUUGUGUACAUGAGCAAGAUGAAAAGACUUAAGACUGAUUUAAAGGAAUGGAACUGGUCUGUUUUUGGAGAUGUUAACAAGAAACUGAAGCAAUUAGAAGACGAAAUAAUGGAAGCUACAUCCCUUUCAGAUAAUAACCCUUCAGAUACUUCAUUACUUAACAAUCUUAUAACUGCAAGGGGAAAACAAGAAAUGAGAUUAAGACAAGCUCAAAAUAUGAUAACAGAACUGGAAAAGUAUUCAGGAGUAAUCAUCACAGAGCAAAAAGAAAUAGCAAGUGAGUUAGUCAAUCAUUCUGAAGAAAAAUUCAAAUAUAAAGAUGUUAAUAUUGAUGAGAGUAUACUUGCAAAUAUACCUAAAGUGAUUACAAUUGAAGACAAUGCCAUACCAUCUGAUGAAGAAAUUAAAGUAGCAGUUUUUGAUUUGAAUCCAGAAAAUGCUCCUGGUCCUGGUGGUUUUGCAGGAUGGUUUUAUAGAUCAUGGGAGAUAAUUGGUGCUGAGUUAACAAGAGCAAUACAAUUCUGCUGGAGCAAAGGUUUUAUUUCAAAUGGUCUAAAUGAAAACUUUCUAAAGUUAUUGCCAAAGGUGAAUAAUGCAAAAAAGGCAAAACAAUUCAGACCAAUUGGACUCAUGAAUUUUAGCUUCAAGAUUUUUACAAAAAUAUGGGCUACAAGGUUGGAGAAGAUAAUUAACAAAGUAGUUUCACCUCAGCAAGGAGCAUUCAUAAAAGGCAGAACAAUUCAAGAACAAAUUGCUUUGGCAUCUGAAAUGAUCAAUGAGAUUGAAAUCAAAGGAAAGGAGGCAACUUUGGUUUCAAACUGGAUAUUACUCAAGCAUAUGAUUCUCUUAGCUGGAGAUUCUUAUUUCAAGUCCUAA